GCUUGGGACUGCUGGUGAUGGACCACAGCGUAAGUGCGACUACUUCAAUUUCACUGAUCCUCAUUGGAGAAUAUUAGCUACAAAAACGUGUGAGAAUGUGGGACAAGUUAAUGCAUCAUUGCAAACAUUCUGAACCGUGGUCCGGUAAGCGGGAUUCUCUCCGUCGAGUUUUUUUCAGAUGCAUCCUUAGCUAGCACACUCUAAAAGCAAUGUGGGCGUAUUGUAAACAAUAAGCUAACAAACAAAGAUCACGAGUUAUCUAAACUUAUUAGCCCCAAUGACCCGAAGAAUUUUGGGGACAGCGCUCCGUCUUUCCUCCUUUUAGGACUCGUACAGUGACAUCAGUGUUGGAGCGCGCAUCGUUAGAAUACAUCUUCAGGCCAGAAGACUUGAGGAGACCUCAUGGCCUCUGCACGUUUCCCCGGAAAAAGUGAGGGCGUUGCGGCCACCAACUGGAGCUCGCCAACGGUGGACCGUCUUGCCUGCGUGAAUGGGACGCCUUGGAUCCUUUACCUGCUAGAGGAGUGUGUGGACAACGUGUGGGAGUACAGCAGUGUGGUGAUUGGGCUCUUCUCCAUGUUGUGCUUUCUGCUAUCCACUUUGCCUCAGGUCUACGAAGCGUAUCGAAAUGGUAAAGUGGAUCAAGCCAUGUCUUUCGGCUUCCUCUUCUUCCUCUUCAGUGGAGACCUCACCAGCUUUGCAGGCUGCUACUUCACCAGCCAGCUGCCCAUUCAGGUGGUCACAGUGAUUUUCUACAUCUUCACAGACGUGGUUCUCAUCUCACAGUUUAUUUACUAUAAGAUAAAGAACAACUCCAGCACAAAGAGCCCUCUGUUGAAGUGGCUGUGCUUCCUGUGGUGUGGCUCUGCAACAAUAUUCCUGACAGUUUUACCCAGUCUCAUCUUAAACAAUAGCACAACUUCAGAAUCUCUUGGGACAACUACCUCUAAAUCUUUAGAAGUUUCUGGCUACGUUUGUGGAUACCUGGCAUCAGUCUUCUACCUCUCAUCCCGCUUCCCGCAGCUCUAUAAAAAUUUCCAGAGGCAGUCCACCGAGGGCACCUCCUACUUGCUGUUUGCUCUGGCAAUGAUGGGCAAUGGGACAUAUGGGUUGAGUGUCAUUGUAGUGCUACCAUCACUAAAGGACUCCAAACACAACUUCAUCGUCAAGCAUCUGGCCUGGCUCAUUGGCAGUCUGGGAGUCCUCAUUUUGGACUUCUUUGUGACGAUGCAGUUCAUUAUGUAUAGGAGGAACAACUCUGACAAAAGACACACAGCACUCGCUGCAUUGGAAGUAGAACCUCUAUUGUGUGAAGAAGAGGAGCUAUCCGCAGUUUAGGACAACUGAGAAUCACCACCAUACAAACUAUUAAGAACACAUAACCCCGUUUUCCACUAUUUCCAGUGUAUUUCAUGUAAACGGUUGGUUGCAAUAAAUUGCUUACUCAAAAAAUGAUUUUGUCUUACCCUCAUUUGCACUUCUUGCAAUUUGAAGCUCUACUUAGAACCUCCUUAAGAUCCAACAGUACAAAAUGUAAAUUCUUGCAAUUUUACAACUGGUCUUAGAAUUUGGAUCAGGAGUGUAUUUUCACUGAAGCCGAGUUUUAGGAUAAGAAAGUACUGAUGACUUUACCCAAAUCGUACCCGAAAGCCUGUAAUGCAAUAUGAUAUCCUAUUAUAGUAAUUGAGCGCCAAAUACAGUAUACCGCCCAUUUGGAUAUAAAAUGAUGUUGCAAAUAUUUGUUUUACUUUUUGCAAAGGAAAGUUUUUUUCUGCCUUUUUAACUGUGUCUGCUGUCUUAGAAAAGUGCAAAUGUAUGCUAUAGGCUAUAACACAAUUGAUUCACACAUGCAGCUCUUUACAUUUUCUUCACAAGCUUUGGUAUUCAUUUUGAAAGGUGAAGCAUCCGUUGUUGUCUGGCGAAAGAUACCUGUAUAUUUAUAAAUGCACUUAUGUGAAUUAUAUAAAAUAUGGGUAAUACAUUUUGACUUUGUUUACAAUGACAAAAUAACAAUAUUUUCAAUUUUGCAUUCAUUUAAAAUGGCCAAUACUAAGAUUUUAAAAUUACUAAAUGCUUAAAGUGCAAACCUUCAUAUUUACAUUAUUUAUUGCAGAACUGUGAACCGCUUUUGUCUGACUAGUUUUUGUUUUCUUCUGUUUACACUAUCUUCAUAUUCCAACUGUUUGCAUUUGAAAGAGAAAAAAAGGCUGCUUAAAUAUUUGUUGUUGUUCUCAGUGUCAACAUAAAGCAUUUAGAGCAUAAAAAUGACAACCGAGUCGUGUAGUAAUAUUACCCCACGGUACUGUACUCGAAUGUUUAUCAUGUGCUCGAAGAUGA